AUGACCAUGAGGACUGUCUCACAUGGGGACCUACAGAAUCUGUCUCUGUCAAAACUUCCAGCUUCGGACAACAGUAUGUUCAAAUCCUACUCGGGCAGCAGCAAUGUGGGAAGUCGAUUUGGAAAGGAGAGCGUGGAGGAGAUCAAGGCGAUGUCUAAACCGUCUCAUCCCCCUCGGAGGCCUGUGAGAGCAGUGAGGCCGGUGAGUGCUCUCAGUGUCAGCGGCUCCUUCCUCCAGAUUAACCAUCUGCAAGGAGAGCUGGUACGCAAGAGGAAGGAAUGUGAGGACCUAAAGAAGGAAAACAAGUACCUAUCCAAUGAGAUUCACAUGGAGAGGAUCAUGAUGAGAACUGAGAGCGAGAUUACCAUGAGGAACCUUAGAAACCUCAACCAGGAACUACAGGCCCAAGUUAAAGAGUUAAAGCAGAAGCUGCAUGUGAGCCAGCAGAGGGUGACUUUGUGCUCCAGGGCAGCAGAGGAGGCAGACAAGUCACGAUGCGAGGCAGAAAAGAACCGAACACUGGCAGAAGCUCGGGCACUCGAGAGCAAGGGAGAGAGAGAUGCGGCACUGGUUGACAAAGAGCAAAUCAGUGAAGAGCUGCACAAUAUGAGUAAAGAGCACAAAAACAUGCAGCUGCUUCUAGCACAGAGUGAAAAAAAUUAUUUUGAGGCCAUGUUGAAACUGGAGAGGGUGUCUGGAGAGAAACAGUUUCUCCUUAAGGAGACCAAGGGUUUGGAGGAUGAGAGGAACACACUACGGCAGAAAUUCAAAGAGCUGACUGACGAGCAUGCAGCUAUCAAAGAAAAGGAGGUGACCUGGAGACGCAGGGCUGCUGCCGCUGAGGAGCAGCGCGAGAGAGCCAUUAAAGAGCAGCAGCAGGCUGAACAUGAGAGCAGACUGGCCAAGAGAGAGAAAGACAAAUCAGUUAGUGAGUGUCUCAGCUGGCGGGAAAAACACCAAGCUCUAGCAGACAUCUUCAGAGCACAGGAGGACCUCGUAUCACAGAGACAGAACAAAGCAUGUCAAGCAAACAUAAAAAGUUACUUUCUUUGUAUGGCCGAAAGUGACCAGAGGAUCAAGAUCCUAAAGAACCAUGAUGGAACUCCAAGAAACUUCACGGAAGGAGAUCCUGUGUAUAUUUCAACAGCCCAAGUACAUGAUGAGGAUUCAGAAAACAGCUCAGGAAGGACCCUUCUCAGAGUUGCAGCUCCCACAGCAGGAAGAGACUCUGGACCAGCUCACUUCAGUGAACUGUCACCAAUGGCAGUAGAUCCACAUGACAGCAGCGCUCUGAGGAGAAGUAGAAAAGUGGUUGAAUACUUCUGGAUUCCCACUGACCAAGAAUAAUCUGUCAUCAAUGGUUUGAGGAGUUUCAAAUACAUCCCUGAUUUUUUUUUUUUAAGGUAUGAAGCCAAGAUGGAUACACACUACCAUGGAUAUUUUGGAACUUUCCAAUUUUAAAACUGCCUUACAUGGUGUGAUAACAGUGGUCUUACAAGUUGAUUGCAUAUUACACUGUACAAGAUCAUGCCAAUUAUUUCUGUGGCAGAUAUCAGUGAUGUUUACGUUUGCUCCAAGUUAAAUUACACAAGUAACAUUUCAUUCUCACCAUCAUGACAGUGAUGACAUUUUGCUUUUUGGUGACUUUAGUUGGCCCAUCUUUUGCCACCAAAAUUGGCUGAUGCUCAAUGCAUAAUAUUAACUACAGGUUUUAAUAUGAUCAAGGAUUAAUUUCAUUUUUUUUCAUCUGCAACAGCAUUAUCA